GUUUUCCUUUCUUCUGUUCUCAGGUGAUACUUUUCGCGCAUUCUCGGUUACAGUCGCUUUGUUUUAGAUAUACGCUCUCGCAAUUGGUGAUCUAGAGUUUAUCUCUAGUGUUCUUGCUCCAAAAUGACCACCCAAGCGCCAGACAGCCAGCCAGUGCCGGCGGACGGGACAGGUGUGAUCCAGUUGGAUCCUUGGCUGGAACCUUUCCGGGAAGCUCUACAACGCCGGUUUGGGUUCGUCCAGAGCUGGGUGAAGACCAUCAAUGACACCGAGGGGGGACUGGAGAAGUUCAGCAGGGGCUAUGAGAGUUUUGGCCUCAAUGUCCACCCGAACGGCGACAUUACCUAUCGAGAAUGGGCUCCCAGUGCUAUAGAGGCGCAGCUGGUCGGUGAUUUUAACAACUGGGACGUUAGUGCUCAUCCGAUGACCAAGAGUCCCUUCGGCGUCUGGGAGAUUACUAUACCGGCAAAGGAUGGAGCCCCGGCCAUUCCUCACAAGAGCAUGAUCAAGAUCUCAAUGGUCACACCCACUGGAGAGCGAAUCUAUCGAAUCCCAGCAUGGAUCAAGCGCGUGGUGCAAGAUCUCAAGAUCUCUCCUGUGUACGAUGCGGUUUUCUGGAAUCCCCCAGAAUCAAAGAGGUAUCAAUUCAAGCAUGCGCGUCCCAAGCGACCUGAGAGUCUCCGCAUCUACGAGGCUCAUGUGGGCAUUUCCUCGCCAGAAACCAAAGUGGCGACGUACAAAGAAUUCACCGCCAACAUGCUGCCUCGCAUCCAGUAUUUGGGCUACAAUGCGAUUCAACUCAUGGCCGUUAUGGAGCAUGCUUACUAUGCUAGCUUCGGGUAUCAGGUCAACAAUUUCUUCGCCGCGAGCAGUCGCUACGGCUCGCCUGAAGACCUGAAGGAGCUCGUCGACACGGCCCAUAGCUUGGGGCUGGUGGUGCUGCUUGAUGUGGUGCACAGUCACGCUUCGAAGAAUGUUCUCGACGGAUUGAACAUGUUCGACGGGACCGACCAUCAGUACUUCCAUGGCGGUGGAAAGGGUCAGCAUGAGCUCUGGGACAGUCGUCUGUUUAACUACGGCAGUCACGAGGUCCUGCGAUUCCUCCUCAGUAACCUCCGUUUCUGGAUGGAAGAAUACAAGUUCGAUGGCUUCCGCUUCGACGGAGUCACCAGCAUGCUUUAUCUCCAUCAUGGAAUUGGAACGGGGUUCUCCGGCGGCUACCACGAAUACUUCGGGCCAUCGGUAGACGACGAGGGCGUCAUGUAUCUGACGCUUGCCAACGAGAUGCUCCACCAGCUAUACCCCGAUGUCAUAACCGUCGCAGAAGACGUCUCAGGAAUGCCAGCACUCUGUCUACCCCACGCCCUCGGAGGUGUUGGCUUUGACUAUCGUCUGGCCAUGGCCAUCCCAGACAUGUACAUCAAACUCUUGAAGGAGAAGUCUGACGACGAAUGGGACAUUGGCAAUCUCUCUUUCACGUUAGUCAACAGACGACACGGCGAGAAAACCAUCGCCUACGCCGAAAGCCACGAUCAAGCCCUCGUCGGCGACAAAACCCUCAUGAUGUGGCUCUGCGACAAGGAAAUGUACACGCACAUGUCCACACUCACCGAAUUCACGCCCAUCAUCGAGCGCGGCAUGGCCCUGCACAAGAUGAUCCGCCUCGUCACCCACGCCCUCGGCGGCGAGGGCUACCUGAACUUCGAAGGCAACGAGUUCGGCCACCCCGAAUGGCUCGACUUCCCCCGUGCCGGCAACAACAACUCCUUCUGGUACGCCCGCCGCCAGCUCAACCUCACCGAGGACUCACUGCUGCGGUACAAGUUCCUCAACGAGUUCGACCGCUCCAUGCAGCUCACCGAGGACAAGUACGGCUGGCUGCACGCCCCGCAGGCAUACAUCAGCCUGAAACACGAGGUCGAUAAGGUGCUGGUGUUCGAGCGGGCCGGACUCCUUUGGAUCUUUAAUUUCCAUCCCAGGCAGAGCUUCACGGACUAUAGGGUCGGCGUGGAGCAGGCCGGCACGUACCGCAUCGUUCUGGAUACGGACGAUCAUGCGUUCGGCGGGCUGGGGAGGAAUCUGAAGGAAACCCGGUUCUUCACGACGGACUUUGGUUGGAAUGGACGGAGUAAUUACUUGCAGGUCUAUAUCCCGACGAGGUCGGCUUUGGUCCUCGCCCUCGAAGAGACACUCUAGAUUACGAGCCAGAUCCAUCACAUCGCCUUCGAAUGGAGAUGGCCAAAGCUUCGUGACAUAUUUCAGUCCAAUCGUCCACUAAUAUAUCUGUCUGUCUAUGGCUCCGAUUUACGUCCAUGUCUAAGUUUCAUCUAUUUGUCUGUCUUGUUUUGACCAUGUAAAGCCGAUCGAUCCAUACAUAUAUCAAUCCAUCCGUCCACUUUGCAUAAACCCAUACUCGAAUCCCUGGUUAUUCAUACCCAUAAGAAUCCCAUCCAAACACAUGUAGAAAGAAGUCUUACAAAACUGU